UACAUGUGGUUUAUGUUUACAAUGAGCAAUUAAGGUCCUGUGUUUGUGUUAAUGGGAAUUUACAAUUCAUAUAAUAUAUUUUAAAUGAAAUUUAAUUAAUUUUUUACAGGUCAAAUAUGAAAUUUCGAAUUUUAAAUCGACGUAUUCAGUUGUUUUCUCAUUUUUAUCGGGGUUUAUGUGCCAGAUCUAAAAGAAUAGUUUUAGGAAUCGAAACUAGUUGUGAUGAUACUGGAGCGGCUGUUAUUGAUGAAGACGGUAAUGUAUUGGGAGAAGGCUUGAAAUCUCAGAUGAAAGUUCAUUUGGAGAAUGGAGGGGUCAUACCUCACAUUGCAGUUUACCUCCAUGAAGAAAGCAUUGAAGAUGUUGUUUCUACUGCCUUAACAAAGAGUAAUGUUAAACUUCAGGAUUUGUCUGCUAUUGCUGUGACCACCAAACCUGGUUUGAGAGGAUCCUUAAAAGUAGGAGUAAAGUAUGCAAAACAUUUAGCAUCUGCCUGUGGUAAACCACUAAUUCCUAUUCAUCACAUGGAAGCUCAUGCUUUAACAGCUCGCCUUCUCGAAAACAUAGAAUUUCCUUUCCUUACCCUUCUUGCCUCUGGUGGACACUGUCAAAUUGCAUUGGUGAAAUCUCUUCAAGAAUUCUUGCUGUUGGGAACAUCAUCACAUAACUCACCUGGAGAAGUAUUAGAUAAAAUAGCUCGAAGAUUAAAGUUACAAAAUUUGCCGGAGUGCUAUGAGAUGAGUGGUGGACAAGCCAUUGAAUUCAUGGCAAAAGAUGGUGAUCCAUUAGCAUAUAGUUUUCCUUAUUCAUUGACUCAUCACAGAGACUGUAACUUCUCAUUUUCAGGAUUUACAUCUUUCGCAACUAAAACUAUAGAAAUCGAAGAAGAAGAAUAUGAUGUACCACCUGAUGGUGUUGUUCCCACUGCAAAAGAUAUAUGUGCAUCACUCCUUCAUGGUUAUGCUCUUCAUAUGAUGCAUCGCAUUCAUCGAGCAUUUAUAUUUUGUGAAAUAAAAAAUCUCUUGAAUUCAAAUAAAAGAUCGUUGGUGUUUUCUGGUGGUGUUGCUUGCAACACUUAUAUACGAACUGCAUUAAAUAAUAUGUGUGCAGCACUAAAUACAGAAUUCUACUGCCCACCUUCCAGACUUUGCACUGACAAUGGCAUUAUGAUUGCAUGGAAUGGAGUAGAAAAACUCAAAGCUGGUGUAGACAUUUGCUCCAAUUUUGAAAGCAUUAAACCAGAUCCUGAUUGUCCUCUUGGAACUGAUUUAAGUGAGGAAGUUAGAAAAGCGUCUAUAAAAGUUAAGAUGCCUAAAAUUGAUUUGCAGGUAGAAAAAGAAAAAGUCUCAGCUACAUAAUACUAGAUCUGUUCUUAAAUGUAUUGUAAAUAAAUGUAGAUUCUUUCAU